AUGCCGGAUUCCAGGCAGAAACGCCAGUGUCCAGGCAGAAAUUCCAGCUUCCAGGCAGAAACGCCAGCCCCCAGGCGGAAACGCCAGUGUCCAGGCAGAAAUACCAGCUUCCAGGCGGAAACGUUAGUGUCCAGGCAGAAAUUCCAGCUCCCAGGCGGAAAUGCCAGUGUCCAGGCAGAAAUGCCAGCUUCCAGGCAGAAACGCCAGUGUCCAGGCAGAAAUUCCAGCUCCCAGGCGGAAACGCUAGUGCCCAGACAGAAAUUCCAGCUCCCAGGUGGAAUCGCCAGUGUCCAGGCAGAAAUGCCAGCUCCCAGGCGGAAUCGCCAGUGUCCAGGCAGAUAUGCCAGCUCCCAGGCGGAAACGCCAGUGUCCAGGCGGAAUCGCCAGUGUCCAGGCAGAAAUGCCAGCUCUAAGGCGGAAUCGCCAGUGUCCAGGCAGAAAUACCAGCUUCCAGGCGAAAACGCUAGUGUCCAGGCAGAAAUUCCAAUUCCCAGGCGGAAACGCCACUGUCCAGGCAGAAAUGCCAGCUUUCAGGCAGAAACGCCAGUGUCCAGGCAGAAAUUCCAGCUCCCAGGCGGAAACGCUAGUGCCCAGACAGAAAUUCCAGCUCCCAGGUGGAAUCGCCAGUGUCCAGGCAGAAAUGCCAGCUCCCAGGCAGAAAUGCCAGUGUCCAGGCAGCAAUUCCAGAUGCCAGGCGGAAACGCCAGUGUCCAGGCAGAAAUGCCAGCUCCCAGACGGAAACGCCAAUAUGCAGUCAGAAAUUUCAGUUCCCAGGCGGAAACGCCAGCGUCCAGGCAGAAAUGCCAACCCCCAGGCGGGAACGCCAGUGUCCAGGCAAAAAUGUCAGCCCCAGGCGGAAACGCCAGUGUCCAGGCAGAAAUUCCAGCUCUAUGGAAACGCCAGUGUCCAGGCAGAAAUGCCAGCUCCCAGGCGGAAUCGCCAGUGUCCAAGCAGAAGUGCCAGCUCCCAGGCGGAAUCGCCAGUGUCCAGGCAGAAAAUCAAGCUCCCAUGUAG